AGCAGAUAGGGUUCAGGGCUUCUCACAGCCUGGGGCUCCCUCGCUGUCUUUUUCACUGUGUCCACCAUCAGAAACUGAGUCAGCAGACAAACAUAAGACUCCGUGCGAAAUUGGCUGUAACUCCUUGGAGAAUCUGCUGCCACACCGUAGCCUGGCAACCAGCAGUUACUGUAAACCCUCAAUCUCCUGAUGAAUCUUAGAGCAAAUGGACAACCUGUGAGGAGAUGAACUAGGAGAAGCAGAAGCCAGAAGAGGAGACACACAUGAACAUCAACACCUGGAUGAACAACUUCACUGGACAGUCAGGUUUCACCCUGGUGGGAUUCUUAAGUCAAUCCAAACACCCGGCCCUGCUUGCUGGGGUCAUAUUUGUGGUUUUCCUGAUGGCCUUGUCUGGGAACACCCUUCUGAUCCUGUUGAUACUCUCUGACACCAACCUCCACACACCCAUGUACUUUUUUAUCAGCCAGCUGUCUCUCAUGGACAUCAUGUACAUUUCAGUCACUGUGCCCAAGAUGCUCAUAGACCAGGUCCUGGGGAACCACAGGAUCUCAGCUGCUGCCUGUGGGGUGCAGAUGUUUCUCUACCUGACAUUAGCAGGUUCAGAAUAUCUGAUUCUAGCUGCCAUGUCCUAUGACCGCUAUGUAGCCAUCUGCCAUCCACUCCGGUAUCAUGUCCUCAUGAACCGCAGGGUGUGUCUUCUCCUGAUAUCUUCAUGUUGGCUCCUAGGAUCCUUAGAUGGCUUCAUGUUCACCCCUGUCACCAUGACCUUCCCAUUCUGUGGGUCACGGGAGAUCUAUCAGUUCUACUGUGAGGUUCUGGCUGUGACAAAGCUCUCCUGCUCAGACACCUGGCUCUAUGAGACCUUCAUGUAUGUGUGCUGUGUGAUCAUGCUUCUCAUCCCUGUGACAGUCAUUUCAGGAUCCUACUCAUCCAUCCUCCUCACUGUUCUCAGGAUGAACUCAACAGAGGGCAGGAAAAAGGCUCUUGCAACCUGUUCCUCCCACAUGACUGUGGUCAUCCUCUUCUAUGGCACUGCUAUCUAUAACUACAUGCUCCCUGCCUCCCUCCACACCCCUGAGAAGGACAUGGUGGUGUCUGUGUUUUACACCAUACUCACACCUCUGUUGAACCCACUAAUAUAUAGUUUUAGGAAUAAGAAUGUCACUGAAGCUAUGAGGAAAAGGUUGGGUUUGAGCACCCUCUUCUAA